AAUUAAGUCGGCAAAUGCGCUAGGGGACUUGGGGGUAUAUGUAUAUUAUUAGUAUAGGAUCUUGGUGAAAGGCACACACAGCAGUCGUGUAUAUUAAAUACAAUUGAUUUUAAAUCUCCAUGCUAUGUAUAGCAACCUGUGCUUCUCUUAGUAAGAAGCGUCAAUUGAAUAACAAUAUUUUUCGAUAGGUACAGAUGCACACAGGCCAAUUUGAACAUACACUGACACAUACCUGACGAUAUUUAAAUGAUUUGAAUCAUAUUAUUUACGGCCCAAUUAGAAGAAUGAGAUACGAUAACGAUAAGUUCUGGUUUAGAUACAUUCUCAUUUAGAUAUCGUUUGUAUGUCGUAUAAUUGACAGAAGCAGCUCGAUUCGGGGUCGGGAUGUGCGCGCGUUGCUCACUUGACGUCCCCGCCGUAGGUAGGUACCUACUGUCAUGUACGUCAAAAUGCAGUCUCUAAGGAAUGUAAACAUGAUAAGAUGUAUGUAUAACCGAAUUGAUGUAAGUAUGUCUGUAAACUUAUAUUACCUACUCCUUUUUAAAAUUCGAAAUUAAUACAGAAGCAACCCUAGUGAGUCGGGCAAGUUUAAGUAUGUACAAAGCCGUCGCUUUUUCCAACUUUUUUUUUUGCAUAUAGGGUACAUGUUUUGGUCUUAUGCAUAGACGAUAGCCCAACCAUCAAAAACCAUUAUGGUAUAAUAAAUAAUGGAAUUAUACGAUAUGAGUAAUGUGUAAAUUCUUGACCCCAGUGUCAGAUUGAUAAACUUCACAAAAUAACGCUUAUUGUACGAGCAAAAUCAUUUAUUCACAACAAAGAAGACGGCUAGAAUUUUAAGUAAUAUACUUUCUAGUACGUAACUUAAAAGUAUGUUAACCAAUUUUUGGAAAACCUACGUAAUUUGUAAUGUUUAUUUUAAAAAAAUCUAACGUACAAUGCACAAUGUAGUAAAACCUUGUAAGUGGAUUUUAAACCUACUUCAAAUAAUCGUAUAAAUAUUAACUCAGUAUACGUAAUUUUAUUCAUUAAGUAUAAUAUUUUGGUACCAUCAAGCAGAUCUGUCAGUGAAGCCUAGGAAUUGUGUAACUUAUCGGUAGGUUUCAAAAUAAUAGUGACAAAUCCCUCGAGUUUGACCUUAGAUAAGAUAUAUUAUCGAAUCGAAUUGGUAUUUUCAAGGCGUAAAGUACGAUUGGACAUAUAGGUAAUUUAAGUAGUUUCAUAUUGGCAAAAAAUAUUUUGUUUUGUCAAGACGUUCCGUUUAAAGGUUUUCAAUUUAAUUUUUAAGUUCUCAUAUAAAAUUAAAUAUUAAGCAAAUGUCGGCAAACAUAAUUAAAUAAGUCCUGUUUCUUUCGUGUGACCAUUUAGCAAUGUCACAAAUAUUCUGGGUAGGUAUAUGACCAUGUUAUCUCAUGUUACAACUAAGACUAGGUAUAUAGAUUGUGACAAUAAUUGCGAGUCGCCAUAUCUUGCUUUCUGUUAUUGAAAUUUAGACCAUCCCAUGUGGCGAAUAGAGGAGAUUUUUGUAAGAAUAAGUUUGACCGAAGGGGACAUUUUAUUUUAGGAGGAUUAGAUGUGGCUGGGUAAGUAAUCAUACAUACAAAUAAAUGGUUUGUGUGAUUAUUUUUAUUCGUGUUCGUGGAAGAUGGGGUCGCGUUGGGCACUCGCGCUUCCGCUGUGCUGCCUCGUCGGAUUAUUUUUCAUAGAUACGGUAAAUGGGUCUGCGGAGGUUACCGCCAGCCGCAGGAAUGGUGCGCCAUCUUCGCCGCAAGACAAUCGGCUUCGCCGUAUCCCGGCUGCCAAGAAAAACCACUACAGAAUUAACGUGAAGACCGGCUCGUUUGAAGUGGUCGACGGUGACAACGACGACACAGAACUAGCGCGUGCGCAGCGGCGUGGAGGGGACGUAGUUACAGUAACCGGCUCAAUGGAAGUCGUCGACGGCGCUAGGAAUGGGACCAAAAUUUGUUUUUCUGGCGACGGCUACGCAUAUUGCAAGAGCGAUCGGGAUGGACAGAGAUCUUCGAAUCCUGAUGUUCGCGGCGGACAAAACAGCAAGUUCGGUCGACAGUUGCCCCGCCGCUGGCCGGGUCAACGCAACAAUACUCUUCCCAAGAAAUCCUUGCAAGAAUUAGCAGAAGAAGCAGCCAAUAGGACUGCUAACGUUAAUGUUGUCAGACCGUCAUCGAGGAUCAGGAAAAUUAGAAAAAACAUUCCCAAGAAGUCCUUGAAGGAAUUAGCAGAAGAAGCAGGCAAUAGGACUGCUACCGGCUCUGACAGAUUGAAAAAUACGUCUCCCCGCCAAAACUCCGUGCCCAGCUUCCAGAAUAUACAAAGUUCCAAGAGGUCCUUGGAAGAGUUGCAAAAACUAGCAAAAGAAGCCGCUAAUAGGACUCCGAGCGUUAAUGCUGUCAGACCGUCAUCGCGAAUCAGGAAAAUUAGGAAAAACAUUCCCAAGAAGACCUUGCAAGAUGUAAUGGAAGAAGCAGCCAAUAGAACUGCUAACGAUAUCACCACCGGUAUCCCGAGCGAUGGCGGCGUCAACCACGCCACACCCGCGCCCGCGCACAACGUACAGCUGCCCCGUUCCUGGCGAACACUCGAAGACUUAUUUGUAAAUAGUCGAAAACCCAGGAGUACUUCGGAACUGUCCACCGGCUCUUGGGCGAUCGUCAGCGGCAACAACACCGCAACCGUCACCAGCGUUUCGGGAUUCGAAAAUCAAAUUAGAAACAACAUUAAAAACAACUAGGCAAUUCAAUAAAUAAGAAGUUCGAAGAACUUAAAAAUAUUGGCGUGCUUCAUGGCUUAUACAUAAUAUUCUAUUAGUGAUUUUAAUAUAGUCGGACCACGCUUUCAUGCCUAAUUCUACGUCAAGCAUAGCGCUCGUAUGGGAUAGGGGGCGUCCAUAAAUUACGUGAGGUGUUUUUUUCAAUUUUCUGACCCUCCCUCCCCCCUUGGUGAGAUGUCGUGAGAUUUUAUUCAACCCCCUUCCCCGUCCCCCAAUCUCACGUGAGAUUUUUCAGAAUGUGGGUUUAUUACGUAAACGCGUUGGAUUGUUUAUUGUAAAAAGAAAAAACAAUUUGGUUCGUGCAUUUAUUUACGACUAGUUUAAGCAUGUACAUACAAUUUGGAUUAAAUGGACCAAAAUAGUAUAAUUUUUUUUUUGUUUCAUUCAGAGAAUAAAUUGCGUGAUAUUUGUCGAGACCCCCCCUCUCCCCAACGUGAGAUUAGAUGAGAUUUGGCUCGACCCCCUCCCCCCUUUAAUCAUCUCACGUAAUUUAUGGACGCCCCCAUAUGUAUGUAUGCACUGUUACUGCCAAGUCAAUGCAAACUUAGCAUGGUCAAGGCCUAGUACAUGUCCUUUCUUUUGUAGGUUUAAGUUCUGUUCUCUAUUCUCAAGUUCACUAGUAAUAACGAUAUGGAUGUCUUAAUUCAGUCAUAAUAUUACCUACGCGUUUAACACGUCAUUUGCAGAUUCCAGAAAAAAAUGAUUUAGUGUUGUUUUAUAAUAUGAAUGGAGGGAUGUUACAUAGGAUGUUAAAUAAAAAAUAUAAGCGUGAUUUGUUUUAUUUCAUUUAUAAACAACAUCAAUCAAAUAACAAUUAUGUGGUUAAGAUCAAAACAAUUAUUUUGUAUAUCUCUACUACCUUAAUUAACAAUUACUUAGCUAAUAAAUGUGCAAAUCAAAAUAGUC